CACGAUCUUCGGUGCGCUGUGUCCCUCGGACACAACGGAUCAUGGAAAGAGCCGAAGAUGUCGGCUCGGUCAUGUGAUCAGCUGUGUCCAAUCACAGCUGAUCACAUGGCACUGAUGAUGAGUGUGGCCCCAGAAGUGCCACCUGUCAGUGCUCAUCAGUGUCACGUGCCACAUUAAUGCCACAUACCAGUGCACAUCAAUGCCACAUAUCAGUGCCCAUCUGAGCUACGUUUCAAUGUCACCUAUCAUUGCUGCCAAUCAGUGCCACUUAUCAGUGCCAGUCAGUGUCGCCUAUCGGUGCGCAUCAGUGCCAGUCAGUGCCGCCUAUCAGUGCCAUUUAUCACUGUUAUGUAUCAGUGCUGCCUUUCAGUGCCCAUCAGUG